AUGCAGAACCUCCUCAAUCUCCAUGAAAUCGAAGAAGCCGCCACAAAAGUCAUCUCCAAAAAAGCAUGGGCCUAUUACUACUCCGCUGCAGACGACCAGAUCUCCAAAUCUUUUAACAACACAAUCUACCGCUCAAUUUUCUUUCGUCCCCGUGUCUUUGUCGACUGUUCUAUUUGUAAUAUGGAAACAAGCCUCCUUGGCCACAACGUCAAGCUACCCAUCUUCGUAUCCCCCGCUGCAAUGGCCCGACUGGGCCAUCCGAGCGGCGAGGCGGGGAUAGCUGAGGCUUGCGACAGGAUGGGCGUUGCACAGAUCAUCUCGAAUAGCGCCUCCUUGUCUCCCGAACAGAUUGUCGCGAAAGCGUCCCCCGGGCAAGUUUUUGGCUGGCAGUUAUAUGUCCAGCGCGAUCUGAAGAUGAGCGAGGCGAUGCUGGAGCGAGUAAAUUCAUUAGACCCCAUCAAGUUCAUUGUUCUUACGGUCGAUGCGCCUGUUCCUGGGAAAAGAGAGGACGAUGAGCGGGUGAAUAAUAUUGGCCGGAUGGCUGGGGGCGGAGGCAGUGUUGCAACGCAAUUGUUUGCAGGGACAGAUCCGAGUAUUUCAUGGGAUAAGACGCUGCGAUGGCUGUCGGAGCAUACGAAGAAGCCCAUUGUUGUGAAGGGACUUCAAACACACGAGGACGUUGUUGUUGCGGGAAGUUAUGCGCCGCUUGUGCGGGGGGUGGUCUUGUCAAAUCAUGGGGGGCGGUCGUUGGAUACGGCCCCGCCGGCGGUGCAUACAUUGUUAGAAGUAAGGAGAUAUUGUCCGGAGAUGUUUGAGAGAAUCGAUAUCUGGGUCGAUGGAGGGAUUCGACGGGGAACGAAUGCGAUCAAGGCCCUUUGCCUUGGUGCUAAGGCCGUGGGGAUUGGAAGACCGGUUCUCUGGGGACUUGGGGCUGGGGGAGUGAAGGGUGUUGAAAGAACCCUUCAAAUUCUGGGGAAUGAGAUGGCAACCUGCAUGCGGCUUCUUGGAGUCAAGUCGGUUCAAGAUUUGGGGCCACAAUAUGUCAAUACCAGGAUUGUUGAACAGCAGAUCUAUCAUGGCUCCUCCGGCUCUAGUUUAGAACCUCGAAGUGAUUUCGUCGUCCAAGGCAAGCUUUGA